AUGACCGAGCUUCACUGCGUGCUUCUGGGCGGGCGCGUGCUGGACAUCACGGUCGAUGAGACUUGCUACGUGUGGCAGUUGAAGGAACGCUUGCAGGAAGAGCUGGGGUGGUGGCCUGAGUGCAUCUUCAAUGGCGAGACCUUACGCGACAACGACAGUACCCUAUGCCAGCAGGGCAUCGGCACUCGUACCGAGGGCGUGGAUGUCGUCCAAGUGAUCCGGUCGGCCACACAGAAUCACAUGUGCUCUAGUCAACGCCAUGAGGGAUACUACGGCAUCUUCAACGGUGAGUGUUUCUGGCUAGGCGCUUCCGUGGAGAACGGGCUUGAGAUGAAGUUUCUUGAGUGUGUCGGCGCCGUGCGAAGAGUUGAAGUUGGAAACUUUGGCGACGCAGUUCCACGUGCGGAAAUGGUCCUUCUCGGGCAAGAUGGCAGUGUUCGCACCUUUUAUCCAUCCUUAGAUGUGGAGGUCCAUGCUCCUGCAGCGAUAGCAGAGCUCCGGGAUGUGGAGAAGGUCGUUGCCACCGAGAGAGCACUUGCUGCAGUGAGAGCCGAUGGCUCGGUGGCAGCAUGGGGUGAGGCAAGCGAUGGUGGAGAGUUGGGUCGCGAUCUGCUAGAUGUGCGGGAGGUGGUAGCUUCUGUUGCUGCCUUCGCUGCGAUUCAUCAAGAUGGUCGUGUCACCAGCUGGGGCGAUCCAGACUUCGGUGGCGACUGCCAGGCUGUGAGCCACCGCUUGAGGAACGUGCAAGAUGUUGCGGCUGCUGUGGGUGCCUUCGCAGCCAUCUCGAGGGACGGGUCGGUCGUCACCUGGGGUGACCAACGUAUGGGUGGUGACAGCGCCCCAGUUCAGCAAGCCUUGCAAUCAGUGGUGCGGGUCUAUGCUUGCUUUACAGCAUUUGCAGCUUUGCUGGCGGACGGCCGUGUCGUCACCUGGGGCUCUGCGGAUGGUGGCGGCGACAGUAGCAUGGUGCAAGCGCAGCUGCAGGAUGUCAAGGAUAUUGCCGCUUCUCAGCAGGCCUUUGCAGCUCUCCGGUCAGAUGGCUCUGUCGUGACGUGGGGCCGUGGUGACCUCGGAGGCGACAGCCGUGCUGUGCAAGAUCAGCUUCGAGACGUGCAGAAGCUGGUAGCCACGCAAGGUUCUUUCUGCGCACUUCUGCAAGGUGGCAGAGUUGUGACGUGGGGACGCCCGGACUUUGGUGGUGAUAGCAGCGAUGUUCAAGAUCGGCUGAGGCAUGUGAGGGACAUUCACGCAGACAUGUUCACGUUUUGCGCCACUCUCUCCAACGGCGAGCUGCUUGUUUGGGGUUCCUGGCGCCUGUACGGUAAAGUUCGCUUUUUGGUAAACCCCCGGGAGGAGCUUGCAAGCUUCCGCGAUUUUGACUACUUGCCACCCCCGUCGCUGGAAUGUCGUGCUCCAAAUGUCUGGACUGACUCACGCUCGGCAAAUUCGGCUCAGGAUUUUGAACAUUUCGGGUCUAGGGAUCCCUCUACGGAUCCCUCCGGAUCCCCAAGAAGUGGGGGUUUGGAGGAUGCCUGGGACUCGGACUAG